GAUUCUCUCAUAGCCCGAUCCUGUUCAAUUUCCUUGAGAAAGAAAGAGAAAUUUGAAAAAAAAAUGUCAAGAGUCGCAGAAUUCCCAGUCACGGCACGAGCCCGCUUGGCCGUGCUCUCGGCUCACCUCGCCGGCGCGUCGCUCGAGCCGACCGAGCUCUUCGGCUCCGCCGCUCUCGAGCCGAACUGCGUCUCGGCUCAGACCUUCGUCCCGCCACCGCCGAACCUUAAGGGCUCCUUGACCGUCGUCGACGAGCGGACGGGUCGGAGUUACCAGGUCCAGGUCUCCGACGAAGGCACCGUCAAAGCCACUGAUCUCAAGAAGAUAACGACGGGAAGGAAUGACAAGGGGCUAAAGCUCUACGAUCCUGGGUAUCUGAACACAGCGCCUGUUCGGUCGUCGAUUUGUUAUAUUGAUGGCGAUGAAGGAAUCCUUAGGUACAGAGGUUAUCCGAUCGAGGAAUUGGCUGGGAGCAGCACCUUUUUGGAAGUCGCCUACCUUUUGAUGUAUGGGAAUUUGCCUUCUCAAAGUCAGUUAGCAGACUGGGAAUUUGCUAUUUCUCAGCAUUCCGCUGUACCACAAGGAGUCUUGGAUAUUAUACAGGCAAUGCCUCAUGAUGCACAUCCUAUGGGUGUGCUUGUCAGUGCCAUGAGUGCUCUUUCCGUCUUUCAUCCUGAUGCCAACCCUGCCCUCAGAGGCCAAGAUCUUUAUCGCUCAAAACAAGUGAGAGACAAACAAAUAGCACGAAUUCUCGGGAAGGCACCAACAAUUGCAGCCGCUGCUUAUUUAAGACUGGCAGGAAGACCACCAGUUCUACCUUCUAGCAAUCUUUCUUAUGCAGAAAACUUCCUAUACAUGCUAGAUUCACUAGGCAAUAGGUCUUACAAACCCAAUCCUCGACUUGCUAGAGUUCUAGACAUUCUCUUUAUACUGCAUGCAGAACAUGAAAUGAACUGCUCUACAGCUGCGGCACGGCAUCUUGCAUCAAGUGGUGUUGAUGUUUAUACUGCUCUUGCUGGUGCUGUCGGGGCUCUGUAUGGUCCCCUUCAUGGUGGGGCCAAUGAGGCUGUGCUCAAGAUGCUUAGUGAGAUUGGAACUGUUGAAAACAUUCCAGACUUCAUCGAGGGUGUGAAGAACAGGAAGCGAAAGAUGUCAGGUUUUGGGCAUCGUGUGUACAAAAACUACGAUCCAAGAGCGAAAGUCAUAAGAAAGCUGGCAGAGGAAGUAUUUUCAAUCGUUGGUCGUGAUCCCCUUAUUGAGGUAGCUAUUGCUUUGGAGAAGGCUGCACUAUCUGAUGAGUACUUUGUUAAGCGAAAACUAUAUCCGAAUGUUGAUUUCUACUCUGGGUUAAUAUAUAGGGCAAUGGGAUUUCCACCUGAGUUCUUCACUGUCUUAUUUGCAAUUCCCCGAAUGGCUGGGUACCUUGCACACUGGAGGGAGUCCCUAGAUGAUCCCGACACAAAAAUAAUGAGACCACAGCAGGUUUACACAGGGGUCUGGUUGCGGCAUUAUAUGCCUCUGCAAGAACGGAUCUCCUCAAACGAGGCCGACAGGCUCAGUCAGGUCUCUGUUUCGAAUGCUUCUAGGCGUCGGCUGGCUGGAUCUGGCGUUUAAUUCUUUAACUAGGUCCAUGUAAAACCAACUAUCACAAGGGAAAGGAAAAAUAGAUUCAUGAAAAGCUCGUAGCCAGGAACACGAUAUUUAUUAUUAUUUUUUUCCUCCCAUCUUUGGACAGAAACAUUUGCUGCUUUCCACAUAAAAAUAAGCCUAUAUUAGAAGCAGUAUUUAUGCAGGUUGUAGGUUUUUAUAUGUAUGCCACCUUAAAUAAGUGGAAUAUUGUUCUCUGCGUGUAUUGCCGUUAUGCCAAAUUAAUGGCUUGGUUUUUCCAUUAUAAUGAAAAGGUGUUGGUCGUCUUUAUGCUUUUAA